UGCUGCAAGGAGAAUAAAACCCGAAACGAACACGAAACGACAACGUCCGAUCCUGUUCCUCGAUAAAAAGCAAGAGUCUCCUUCGAUUCUCCGGCGGCAUUUGCUCAAACCUAAUUCCAAUCGUAGACUGGAGAAGCGAAGUGCGUGCGUGAAGAUGAUGAAGUCGAAGCUGAUCGUGUUGGCGCUUUGCGCGAUUGCGUCUCUGGCUCAGGCCGCCGCCGCCGCCACAACCACCGAAGUCACCUACUGCGAUAAGAAGACUGAAUAUGAUGUGAAGGUGCAAGGGGUUGAGAUUUCGCCUAAUCCGGUGGCGAGAGGCAGGACAGCUACUUUCAGCAUCUCUGCAUCAACGGGUUUAGCAAUCUCUGGAGGGAAACUGGUUAUUGAUGUUUCAUACUUUGGGUGGCACAUUCACAGCGAGACCCAUGACCUUUGCUCUGAGACAUCUUGCCCCGUAUCGACAGGGGAUUUUGUGGUUGCUCAUUCUCAGGUCCUGCCAGGAUACACUCCACCAGGUUCGUAUUCCCUGAAGAUGAAGAUGUAUGAUGGAGAUAAGCGGGAGCUCACAUGCAUUGGCUUUAAUUUCGACAUUGGAUUUGCCUCAUCUGUAGCAGAGAGUUAAGGAUCAUUGUGGACUAUGAAGUGUGCAUCUCAUCUGGGCUAGUCGGUCAAAGAUGAGUCCUUUGUAUUGUGUGAGUGGAUAAUUCUAUCUUCUAGUGAUGAUAUUGUGUAAGCAUUUACUUUGUCUGUGGUAAUACAAUACCCUCGUUUUACGGGUAUAGAGUGUUGGUAACAUGAUUGUAGAGGGUUUGAAACCCUGUCUAGAUUGCAA